AUGGCAUCGACUGCACCUGCCGACAUACCUAAGGGAGUCCAAUCCGACUCGAUCACUGGUGACGAUCCCAAUGGAGUUGGUGAGACCGAGGUCCUCGUCCCCGGGUCCCAGAAGCUUCACAGGAAGCUCCGUGGGCGAGAGGUUCAGCUCUUUGCGGUAGGAGGAGCUAUCGGUACAUCGCUCUUUGUACAAAUGGGCUCAGCCUUGCCCAAGGGUGGUCCGGCGGGCCUCUUUAUCGGAUUCAUAGCAUACGGUACAAUCGUUCUAGCCGUUAAUGAAUGUUUUGCGGAGAUGGUUUGCUACAUGCCCAUUCCAUCGCCCUUCGUGCGGUUGGCUGGACAUUGGGUAGAUGACGCGUUGAGCUUCGCGAUGGGCUGGAAUUUCUUCUUAGCCAUGGCGCUAAAUAUUCCUUAUGAAAUUGUCGCAAUCAAUAUUCUGCUCACCUACUGGACCGACAAAGUGCCCACUGCAGCAGUUGUUGUCGUAGUUAUGGCCAUCUAUGGGAUAUUGAAUGUUCUCACCGUUCGCUACUUUGGCAUUGCUGAGUUCUACUUAUCGUUCUUCAAGAUCCUCCUGAUGCUGGGUUUAAUUCUCUACACGUUCGUCACCAUGGUGGGCGGCAAUCCCCAUCGUGAUGUCAUUGGAUUCCGAUACUGGAACGACCCAGGAGCAUUUGUCUCACAUCUAGUGCCCGGAGACACUGGCCGCUUUCUUGGGGUGUUAAGCUGCAUGAUCCAGGGCGCAUUCACAAUGGUAGGGCCGGAGUUUAUAUCCAUGGCGGCUGGUGAAGCCGAGCGACCCCGGAGAGUCAUGCGGAAAGCAUUCGCAUCCUUUGGUUGGCGCCUUAUGUUUUUCUUCUGUCUGGGAGCACUCUGUGUAGGGAUCGUGAUCCCGUACAACGACCCUACGUUAGCUGCCAUGCUGGAUGGUACAAAGCAGGGCAGUGGGACUGGUGCCGCGUCUCCCUAUGUUAUCUCCAUGAACCACUUCGGGAUUCAGGUCCUCCCGGACAUUGUUAAUGUGCUGAUCAUGACUUCUGUCCUGUCCGCGGGAAACAAUGUCGUGUUCUCUGCCUCGCGGACCUUAUACGGCAUGUCACUAGAGAAAAAGGCGCCAAAAUGGGUCUCCAAAACGAACCAAGCCGGAUUGCCAUACAACGCCGUAGCCAUAGCCGUGGCUUUCAGUCUCCUAGGUUUCCUACAAGUCAGUAACAGCUCAGCCACCGUACUCAAUUGGCUGGUCAGCUGUAUCGCAGGCUCCUACCUCCUCAACUACUUCGGCACAUGCAUCACCUACCUACAUUUCCACGCCUCGCUGCAUCGUCAGGGCAUCUCACGCGAAAGCCUCCCCUAUCGCAGUCGCUUCCAGCCCUACACGGCGUGGUACGCCCUUUGCGGAACUGGAGUGAUGGUUUUGGUCUUGGGGUAUAACGUCUUUCUUUCCGGUGGUUGGGAUUUGAAAUCGUUCUUUCUCAACUAUGUUAUUAUUGGGUUUUAUGUACUUGCGUUCGUGUUCUGGAAGCUAUUCCGGCGCACGCGAUACGUGGGGAUCGGCAAGGCGGAUCUCCAGUUAGGGGGUAUCAAGCGAGGGAUUGAUGAGUAUGAGGAGGUGGAAUAUGCUCGUCGUAGAGGGAAACCAGUGGCGUUGCUAGAUCGGUUGUUCGAGUAG